AUGUCCGCCUUUGCCUCUCUCCGUGUCCUCCGUGCCGCCCGCGUGGCCCCCAUUGCGCGCACCUUUGUCGCUGCCCGUCCUGUCCGCGCCUUCCACGUCUCGCUCAUUGCCCGCUCCGAGUCGACAGAGGCGAAGCCCGACCCCGAGAUUGACGCUCUCCGCGAGAAGAUUGCCAACCACGACGGUGCCCGCGAGGCUAUCAUGAAGCUUGGAGAGCUUAUGACUUCGAAGGGUAUUGACACCACCAAGCCUCCCACGACUCCUCAGCUCCUCAAGCUCGGCAUGGACCCCGAGAUUCGCGAGGCUGGCAAGAACCUCAUGGCGCAGCUCCAGGCCGCCGGUGUCGAGAUGAACCCUGCGGUUGCCUCGCAGCUCUUCUCCAAGGUUGUCAAGGACGAGUAG